GGAUUUGUUCCAACAAUCUGUUAAAAUAUGGUGGAUUACUAUGAAGUUCUGGGCGUGCAGAGACAUGUCUCACCUGAGGACAUUAAAAAGGCGUAUCAGAAACAGGCACUUAAAUGGCAUCCGGACAAAAAUCCUGAAAAUAAAGAAGCAGAACGGAAAUUCAAACAAGUUGCUGAGGCAUAUGAGGUAUUAUUGGAUGCAAAAAAGCUGGACAUCUAUGACAAAUACUGCAAAGAAGGAUUAAAUGGUGGUGGAGGAGGUGGAAGUCAUUUCGACAGUCCAUUUGAGUUUGGCUUCACAUUCCGGAAUCCAGAUGAUGUCUUCAUGGAAUUUUUUGGUGGAAGGGACCCAUUUUCAUUUGACUUCUUUGAAGACCCAUUUGAUGACUUUUUUGGGAGCCGAAGAGCUCGUUUUUCCUCUGCCUUCAGUGGAUUUCCUUCUUUUGGAGGUGGAUUUCCUGCUUUUGAUACAGAAUUCAGUUCGUUCGUGUCACUAGGACACAGGGGUCUCAAUUCAUUCUCUUCAGCAUCAUUUGGAGGCAGAGGAAUGGGCUACUUCAAAUCAAUAUCAACUUCUACUAAGAUAGUUAAUGGCAAAAACAAUCACUACAAAGAGAAUUGUGAAGAAUGGUCACAAAAGAUUAGAAGUUGA